AUGGUCAAAUCCCCAGGAUCAAAGGGUAGGCCUGCGUACUAUCGCCGUUCCGCUAAGAAUGACCCUCCAGUCUUCUUUCCGAAUCUUCCUACCCUCACGAGCUGGCGGGACGGCGGGAAAUGCCCCGAGACCAUCACGACAGCAACAGAGUAUGACGCUCGCGUUCAGAAAAAGCGCGUCGAGGUUGCCGAGGUCGGGGAGAAGAUUGCUCAGGGACUCUAUAAAAACGAAGACAGGACCACCACAAGGAAACCAGUCCCUGCUUCCACGCGCGAUGUCCAUGCACGGGAUACGGCAGCUUCUAGCAGCAAAAGAAAGCUAGAUAGGACCAGUCCAGAGUCUUCACCUAUGGCGAAGAGGAUACACAGCACCGGUGGUGCCGGGAAAGAAGGCCAGGAGAAGAGAUCUCAAGUGGAAAGUGCAGACGGAUAUAAGUAUCUGAAGCAAAGUCAAUUGCGAGAAGAGUGCCUGUCUCGUUCUCUACCAGCCGGGGGGGGCAAUCAAGACCUUUCGAAACGCCUAAGGCUACACGAUGCUGCUCGGGCGCAGAUCUCUACUUCUCAGGAAUCCGUGAACGAGCAUGUUACUUCUUACACAUCGUCCAGAGGGGAACCGUCAGACAGGUACACACAUAUGUUGCAGAAAGAUUUACGGAAAGCGUGCGUGAAACGCUCCCUCCCAGUCGGUUUAACGAAAAGGGACCUCAGACGCUGUCUCAGGGUGUAUGACGCUGCGCGAGCGCUGGGACUUACUCCCGAAGAGUCUUUAGAGGCGCAGAGGGCUACUUUUCAAGAGCACGCUCGGAGCGUCAGUCCUGGAGGGUCUAUAGAAGAGAACGCAUUUGGCGCUGCUCCUAAAGAGGCUGUUGAAGUGCAACCGCUGAACAAGACUUCUCGAGAGUCCAUCGUGGAUAACGGGCAGGGGCCCACGUCUCUGGAAUCUUCAGAAGGUGAUGCUUCCCCUCUUACAAACUCUCAGAUGUCUUUAGGGGAAGAUAUUGCUUCCUCUUCUGCUACUACGAAGGACUCUACUCAGGACUCUACCCAAAAUCGCGGCACUUCUGAUAUAUGUCCUGGACCGGCAGCGACACUUAACUACGCCGCCAUGGGCAAAACUGAAUUAAGAUCACUGUGUAUAUCUCGCUCCCUUAGGCAGCAUGGUUUCAGUGCACCGCAGCUCCGCAUGGCCCUCAAAACUUACGACAGGAAAUUGCCCGGACAGGCAAACAAUGCAGAAGUCGAUGUCGACGCUGAACAUAAAACUGCGAAGCAUGGGGACGCACCCCCUGCCUCUUCACCGCCUGUUGCGUUCAUCGAUCUUGACUCAAGCUCGCAGGAUGGCGAAAUCCGUGAGCAGCAAACGCGGUCGGUGGUCACCAGCGGCAGAAUCGCGCGUGAAGAGCCAGUGUCAGGCUUUCUGUGGACGGUCGGCAAAGGUCAGCGCCCGCCGGUAUCCACUGACGCUCAAGUAGAGGUUCGGCAAAGAGGGUCAGUGGAGCGGGCAAGCGCUGGGAUACAUUCCGAGAAGGAUCCCUACAGUACUCCCUAUUCGCCACGACUAGUCCAGAAACCCCCGAAAAGAAUCGGCAAUAAGUCAAGCCCCCAGGGGACGCUGUAUACUAAAUACCCGAUGUCGCUACAACAGCCUCUUGUCUCGCUGGUCAACCUCACCAUCAGGGAUACCAAGAGUAGUGCCAGCGAAAGUGCUCAUCAAGAGACCCAGAUGAAGACAAAGCCACCAUCGGAGCUUGCUCUUAAAAUGGCAGAGAAAGAAGAGUUCAACGCCAGAUACGCCACUGAGCGCCCUUCUUGGAUUUGCUGUUGUGAGACCCCUGGCUAUGAAGUUAGACCAAAACAGCUCGCAGAUUUCUCGGGCAAUUGCUUUUACCACGUCUCCCAACUUGCCCAACGGGGGACUUUCACCAUGAAAGAAUACCAGGAAUACCAAACUACUCAGCAGGCGCUGGAUCGAAUAGCAUCGUGUCUCUGUCAAAAGCCUGCAGUUGAUCAUCCAGAACACCAAGUGACCAUGACCCAGGGAGGGUUCAUUCUAGCCCAAAUAUGGCGAGAGCAGUUGACAAGACGCCAGUCGGUGACUACUUUUAGGCCUGAUAUGGCGGCGUACCGAAGAAAAGGGAUAUUAGAAGUGAUGCACAAUGUUCUUCAAGAUUUCAUGAUCGAGCUCUCAAGUCGACAGCCAAAACGGCCCCUUGUAUUGUGGGCUCGGGUGGAAGCCAUGGCCUGGUUCAUCAAUACUCUUCCUACGAGUAACGAGUGGCAUUGUUUCCAAGACUGGAAAAGGCCUUGUCAUUAUAUCAUGUUGUUUGGUAUAGCGCUACUAACGACAAUUGAUGUGCUGCUACGACAAAACAUCUUCAAGGACAAGGAGCCGAAAGUCCCUAACCUGGGCCUGGUACUCGCCUUGUUCAUCCAAUGUACCUGGAACUCACCAUCGUAUACCAUGAACUCAUUUCACAAUACAGAUGCGUAUAAGUCACCUUUUAACAACAAUAUAUGCGUAAACAACGAGAAUGGAUGGGCAGCCGAGGUCGUUAGUCUGGCGGACCAACAUGGGGUUCGGAUAACUGGAGUAAAGAACAUUAGUUACAUCGUGGAUCGAUGGCGUCUGAGAAGGAAGGCCGUCGAGUUUAUUGAAGAUCAGGCUAGGAAGGAACAGUACGCCGUCCUGCACAGUGCGGAAACAAUACCGCCCAUCGAGGCAACAUUGGCGUCCAUAGCAGACAAAGCAGCUGAGACUCCGGCCAAGAGGGGAACGGGACAGCGAACAACGUGGAGGCCCGAAGACGAUUACGAUGACAAUGGCAGAAGGCUAUGGAAGAAUUGGUUCUAUCUACGCGAAUUCGAGAUAUACACAAAAGAAUACGAGCCAACUAAUGAGUCAAGCUAUCGAGCUCGCGGGUAA